AUGGGUCAACGAAGCAAGGUGUUGGACACCGAGGGCCAAACCCCCAAGUUUCUUUACGCAAUCAUCAAACAACUGGACAUGAAGACCGUCGAUUGGAAUCGGGUUGCCUCCGAUCUCGAGAUCUCUAACGGCCAUGCCGCGCGCAUGCGGUAUUCUCGGUUCAAGUCCCAGAUGGAACCCUCGUCAGCCCAGAAGAAUGCCAGAAAGAAGAACAGCAAGAAAGGAGAGAAGGGAGAACCUAAGGGGGAGAUUCCGGGAUUGAUUCCUGUGCCCAUGUCAAUGCAGAUGCCUUUUCCAUUGGCGUGCGCUGGGCCUGUGCCAAAAAUGGAACCUUCGGACUCACAGUUCACAUCCAAUCCAUUCGUCAAAUGCGAGCCUGGAAUUCAGCAAAUUCCUGGUAAUCCAGAGAUUAACGAAAUCCCCGAUUUUCAACAGCAUUUCCCGCAGAUAAUAUCGCCCAGCGGCAUGCCGUAUCCAUCGCAUAUAUCCCAGUAUCUGCCUCAUGGAUUGCAGUUUUCUAUGGUUUCAGGCGCGUCACCCUCGCUCUCGUCCCUGCACCCAUCGCAUUUCGAAAAUUCAUAUCCAUCAAGGGCUCCUCCAAAUGAUGCCGGCAUGCAGAACUUCUCUUUACAGCAACCUGCCUUCCACAAUGCCCCUGUGAUAACAUGGGAGCCACCUGCUCCAUCUCAACAGGAGUCCACACCAAUGAAGAUUGAAGAUGAGCCAGAAAUUAUUGAGAGGACUGUUUUUGACAAAAUUCCGAUCAAGGUCGAGGAGGGUUGCAAAGGAUAG